CACUAAGUUCUGGAAGCCGUAAAUGUGAAUUGAUAACACAGAGAAUAGUGUGACACGGAUUAGGUUCGUACACGCGAUCACAGUUCAGGUCUUGUCGACUGCAUUUUCCGAUUAUAGCUAAGAAAAUGGCGUCUCUUACAAGUGUUCGUCUUUUAAUGAGGAAUACCGGUAUCGUUAGAAAUUCAGUCAGUCGAUUUUGUUUACCAGCUACUGCCACGCAACUUCAAUCAAAUAAAAGAUCCUAUCAUUGCAAAAGACAAAAUAUCAUCACACAUUUACCACAGGGCAUUAAAGGCACACGAGUCAAGCAGGUACGCCACUACAGCGGACCACUACCAAUGACAAUUGACUUUAUUCAGAAACGAGUGAUUCUAGUACUCAAUCUCUAUGAUAAAAUUGACCCUAAGAAGUUGACAUUGGACUCUCAUUUCAUAAAUGACUUGGGUCUGGAUUCCUUAGACCAUGUAGAAGUUAUAAUGGCGAUAGAAGAUGAAUUCGCUUUCGAAAUACCGGACAUGGAUGCGGAGAAACUGUUCACGCCCUCACAAAUAGUGCGUUACGUCGCGGAUAGGCAUGACAUUUAUGAAUAAAUAACACUACAAUUUAUAAGAAUGCAUUAGUCAUUUUUUCAUUUUUUGAGCAUUGUACAAAUAAAAAGUAACUCGAUCGAGGUGUAUGAACGCUCGACAAGUCGCAUAUUUCUGUUCUUGUAUAUAAAUAAAAUAAGCGUUAUAAAUAUAAAUUUGUUAGAUUGAA